UGCUCGGUGAUAACCCGUCGCUAACCAGUCCAAUGUCACUCUACACCGACUCGGUGGAACGAGGAAGUUAAGAUGGCGACGUCUCAGAAACUGCAGGAACAUUUCCUCACAUGCACCAUAUGUACAGAGGUGUUUGACAAUCCGUGCACCCUUGUCUGUUAUCACACAUUCUGUCGGAAAUGUGUCGUCAACUACACCAAAACCAAACCAGAAGCCAUCAGUGCCAAGUCUCUGCUGUGUCCUUUCUGCAGCAAGAUGACGAAAGUAACCUACCCUGAGAGACCAAUAGAUGAGUGGGCGGAUGACGUGAAACCGAGCUUUGUCAUCCAGGGACUGCUAGACUCAUUUGGUCCCGGAUGUAAAGAUACAAAGAACUGCACGUGCUGUCAUCGCGAAGGGGAGACAACUCCAGCGACUGUGUGGUGCUCGGUAUGCGAUGACGCCCUGUGUGAUGUAUGUGCUAGGGUGCACAGUCGCAUCUCAUCCACUCGUCAUCACGAUACAACUGCCCUGACUAGUGAGGCCAUUAUCCCCAGGAAACGAAACAUCAAGUGUAAAGAACACAAGGAUGAAAACAUCAAAUUCCUGUGCAAAGAUUGCAAGAAAGUCACCUGUCACACCUGUUGUGUUAUCUAUCACAGGAAAUGUGAAUCAGUUGUCACACUGGAGUCGGAAUUACCUGCAUUAAAGUCCCAGCUGUUGAAUAAGAAGGAAACUAUUUCGAAGAAGCAAAUCCAAAUGGAAGCAAAAGUUGAUGCUGUUAAAGUGAACGUCGUUUCUGAAAAAGAUCGAUAUGCAAGAAUGGAACAUGACAUCAAGUGUUUUGGUAACAAAGCGAGAGAGAAGAUAACUCUCAUGGAAAAUAAACUUCUAGAUGAACUGAAAGAAGUUUCUGAAAAGCACAUUGAACAACUGACAGCCGACCUAAAGUCGGGUGAAAUAUCAGUACAGAUGUACCGACAACAGACUGAGCUGAUAGACCAGAUUCUACAAUCUGAGUGUGACAUGGACGUGUAUGAGAUGUAUCAGGGAUGUGAGGCCGGUGAUGUGGAUGCUGUCGGAGACGUAGACGUGAAGAAGAGGGGGAGAAUAGCCAGGAUCAUGUUCAGACAGAACGAAGACAUGCUGAGUAGAGCUCUGGACGAUCUACAGCUGGGUGAGAUAGAUGUCCAGUAUGACGGUAUGGUGAACUUGGAGGCAACACCUGUAUCUCAAGACACCAGUAACACUGGUAACGUACUGGACCUGCUGCUCCUGUAA